AUGGGUUCAAAGGUAAGAAAUUUGUUGAAUUCUGAGUUUCUGUCUGACCACUUCUGACAUUAGCACUAUUCAGAACCUGGGCCAAUCGUGCUUACUGAUACCCACUUUCCCUUUGGCAAGGGCAAGCUAUCUCCAAGGUGAGUAUAGGUAUGCAUAGUUGAAGUUCAUCAAACUCCCGACAAGUUCUGGCAACGAGCUCGCAAUCAGAGGAAUCCAGGUGCAAUAUCUCGAGAUCUGGUCUGUUGCCUCUUAUAUUCUUCUCGUCUUCGUCCCACAUUUCAUUGUCUUCCUCGUUUUACCUAGUCGCAUGAGGUGUUUCCAGAAAGAUGAGCCCAGAUGUCACUUCUUCAUGGUUUCGGUCCAAUUUGAAGUCCAACGUUAA